AUGAAGGGCUUCGCAAAAUUGACGGACUACUGCCGUCUUUUGGUGGCUUGUAAUCCUUCAAGACGGGAGAUUGGAAUGCUGAUAGUGGGGUUCGUCAUGGCGAUCGCAUCUGGUGUCCCAUUCCCCAUCAUUGGUAUCAUCUUUGGUAAUUUGCUCGACGACUUCAACUCUGCGACCUGCGCAAACAAAGAUGGCACCGCGACAUCCUCCUCCGAAUCUUCCGACCAGAGCUCGAUCAAUGGCGAGAUCCUUCUCAUCGUAUACCUGGCCAUUGCACAAUUCUUCACCAUCUACAUCCAUUUGACAUGUUGGACAAUGACUGGCGCGCGAUUGGCGCAGCGACUCCGCGAAAGUUACCUGAAGAACUUGCUACGCCAGGAGCCAUCAUACUUCGACAAUCUACCUCCCGGCGAGGUCGCGUCGCGUCUCAAUAGUGAUAUCCAAACUAUUCGGUCGGGCACAUCUGAGAAGGUCGGAAUUGUCCUGGCGGCAAUCUCUUUCUUUAUCACUGCCUAUAUCGUUGCAUUCAUUAAGGACUGGAAGCUUGCUUGCAUGUUACUUUCCCUAAUUCCGGCCUAUAUGUUGAUGUCAUUUGUGGGAAGUCACUAUAUUGAGAAGUAUUCUGGACUCAUGUCAGACCAUGCUGCAACUGCCGCGUCGAUUGCCUCAGAGGCCCUCUCCAACACUGUUGUGGUGCAAGCAUUUGGCGCCAACACUCGCUUGGAAGAGAAGUUCUCCAACGCUUUAAAACUCUCUGAGGCUGAAGGCUUGAAAAAAGCUUUGGCAGUUGGUAUUCAGUCUGGUGUGUUGUACUUCGUCGCCUACGGAGCGAAUGGUUUGGCCUUUUGGCAAGGUGCGAAAGCCGUCGCAAAAUCCGUGGAGACAGGCACUUCGGGCGUCACUGUCGGUGCAACUUUCACUGUAAUCUUUGUUUUAAUUGAGGCGACUUUGAUGUUCAGUCAAGUCUCACCAUUCCUCCACCUGUUCGUUCAAGCUGUCGCUUCGUAUUCGAAAAUCCGUGAUGAUCUAGAGCGCGUGCCCCAGAUCGAUGGAACUUCCGAGUCCGGCAUUCGCCUUCCUCAAGCAGAAGGUGGUUUCGAAUUCAAGAAUGUUUCCUUCACAUAUCCAUCUCGACCGGAAAUCACUGUUCUCGACAACAUCAGUCUUAGCAUCCCCGCAAACAAACACACGGCACUUGUCGGUCUCUCUGGAAGCGGAAAGUCGACUAUAGCUGGCCUCGUCACACGUCUCUACGACCCGAACGAGGGCCAGAUCACCUUUGAUGGUCAUAAUCUACUCGAUGUGAAUGUGAAGGACCUGAGAAGUCAUCUCAGUUUGGUUCAACAGGAGCCUUCUCUGCUUGAUCGCUCGCUCUUGGAAAACAUUGCCCAUGGUUUGAUCAACUCGAGUAACCCCAACCAUGCCCAUUUGAAGGAAGUCUUCAUUCGUGCCGACUUGGAAGAGCUUGCAAUCUCCCUCCGAGAGGGCAAGAACCUUGCGACCGAAGCCGAGAAGUACGGAGCUGAUGUUGUUGCGAUCGUUGAAUUGGCCCAGAAAGCCGUAGUCUUAGCCGACGCAGAUGGUUUCAUUUCUCGUUUGCAAUAUGGACUUGGCACGGUUGUUGGAUCUAGUGGACGUUUGAUCAGUGGUGGUCAGAAGCAACGUAUCUCUCUUGCUCGGGCACUUAUCAGAGACCCUGCUGUUCUCAUCCUCGACGAGGCCACGGCUUCUCUAGACUCACACAGUGAACAACGCAUUCAAAAAGCAAUUAACAACAUUGCCACCGGUCGCACUGUGAUUACCAUUGCCCACCGACUGUCAACUAUCACCAGUGCAGACAAUAUCAUUGUCAUGCACAAGGGAGUUAUUAAGGAACAGGGUAACCAUGCUGAGUUAAUGGCCCAGGACGGUUCAUAUGCCGAGCUUGUCAAGUUGCAAACUCUUAGCAGCACGCCCGACAAGGACGAUGGCUCGGUCAGCGGGGAGACUAUCAGCAAAUCCGAUCAAAGUUCCGUGACUGCUGGCGAUGUCGAGAAGGCCGAGUCGUCUAACACUGCCAUUGAGAAUAUCAAGGAAAAGCUCCCCUCAGCCGAGGAAACUGCUGUUGCCGAAUCCGAAGAUGAAGCAGAGGCAGAGGAAGAGGAGGACCUUCCAGCCCCUAGAAAGUCCCUGUGGGCUCUGGUGAAGGGCUAUGCUCCAACCUUACGUCCUCACCUCCUCAUCAUUUUUCUCGCCCUGCUCGGCUCCGUUAUUGUUGGCGGAGCUUUCUCUGGCGAGGCCGUUAUCUUCGGAAACACUGUCGGUAGCUUGGAUCCUUGCAACAGCGCAGCAUAUAUCCGUCAUCAAGGUGACUUCUACGGUUUGAUGUUUUGUGUACUUGCUAUCAUUGAAUUCUUCGCCAACGUGGUCAGCUGGACUGGUUUCGGUUGGGUGUCUGAGAAGGUUGUUUACACUGUUCGUGUCCUGUCUUUCCGAUCGCUGUUUGAGCAAGAUCUUCAGUGGCACCAGUCAAACGGACGUUCCCCUCCUUUGCUGCUUGGCUAUAUUACCCGAGAUGGUAACGCACUAGCGGGCUUGAGUGGUUCUAUCAUCGGUACCUUGUUCUCCAUCACAGUCAACCUUUUCGCAGCUAUCAUCUUGACUCACAUCAUUGCCUGGAAAAUUGCUCUGGUUUGUCUUGCUCUCGUACCGCUACUUCUAGGAGCUGGCUUCAUGGAGCUUUUGAUUCUCGGUCGCUUCGAAGAAAGACACGAGAACGCAUACGCUCAAUCGGUUGAUAUUGGUGUCGAAGCUAUCUCUAACAUCAAGACAAUCGCCUCCCUCUCCCUCGAAGACCAGACUUUGAAAACCUACCGCAAGUCUCUUCGGGGCCCUAGAAAGGAAACACUCAGUGUGACAUUACAAGCAAGUGCCUGGCAAUCAACCACCUACUUCCUCGGUAACUGCGUCAACGCCCUAGCAUACUGGUGGGGCGCCAAGCAGAUUCUUAACGGCACCUACACUCAGACCCAGUUCCUUAUUGUCGUCUUCUCACUUCUUGUCAGUGCUCUCUUGUGGAGUCAAAUGUUCGCACUCGCACCGGAGCUCUCACAGGCCCGAGCAGCCAUGGCUAGAAUCCUGGACUUGAUCGAACAGGGCUCGGAUAAGAUGCGCGGUCGUGUUCCCACCCAUGCACCGAACCUUGCCCCAUCCGAAGGAGACGUUGAGUCAUUUGAGCCAAAGUCUAUCCAGUCCGAUAACAAGGCCUCCAGCGUUCAACUCCGGGAUGUCCAUUUCGCAUACCCCGCUCGACCAGACAUGAAGGUCUUGAACGGCUUGUCUGUUGACAUCCAGCCAGGACAAUUCUGCGCGCUUGUCGGCCCCAGUGGUGCUGGUAAAUCGACGAUCAUCUCUCUCGCAGAGCGCCUCUACGUUCCUGAGUCUGGAUCGAUUCUCAUCGAUGGUAUGGACGUGACAAAGACCCGCGACCCCUCCUUCCGUGAAAACAUGUCCUUGGUUCCACAGGAGAGCGUUAUGUUCGAAGGCACAGUUGAGUUCAAUAUUGGCCUUGGUGCCAAGCCUAGACAGGAAGCUUCUAUGGAAGACAUUGUCGAAGCUUGCAAACUCGCCAAUAUCCACGAAACAAUCAUGGCCCUUCCUAAUGGAUACAAGACUAUGUGUGGCCCUAACGGUAAUCAGUUCUCUGGUGGUCAAAAGCAAAGAUUGUCCAUUGCUCGAGCAUUGGUUCGCAAACCUAAGCUUCUGAUUCUGGACGAGUCGACCAGUGCUUUAGAUGCUGAGUCUGAGAAGCUUCUUCAGGAUGGCCUCGCGAAGGCUGCAAAGGGCAUCACUGUUAUUGCGAUUGCGCACCGUCUUCACACAAUCCGAAAGGCUGACGUCAUCUUCUUGAUUGACGGUGGCAAGUGCACUGAUCGUGGAUCUCAUGAAGAGCUCCUCGAGAGAUCAGAGAGUUAUCGUGCCAAUGUCAUGCACCAGACAGUGGCUACCUAA